GAGAGAAGGUUAGGGAGGGAGUGGAUACACCGAGGAGAAGUACUUGCCGGCCAGCUGGCUGUUUGCAAGAUCUCAAACAGCAGCUCAUGCUGUAUGACGAGUUUAUCUCUUGUUUGCCCCCCUCUGCCAUCAGACAAAAACAGCCUCUGUCUAACUGGGAUUUUCCUCUCGGCUGAUAUUGACAGCCUUAUGGAUUCAAGGUGCUUAUUAGUCGCUCCAGCCCCGAGCGGACGACUUUGAACCUGCGUGGAUUACAUACCUUGCACAGGAAAUGCUCUGCUGCGUGCUGUGUACAAGCAUCAUUUUUUUUUCUGUCGACAGUGCAGAAAGCUGGCAGUGAGUUGAGGAUAUAAAGGGAAUGUUCACUGCACAACAGAGACGAUCUCACUCCUGGACAGGUACUCUCUGACGGAGGCCAAACUCUGAGGUGGAGGAGGCUGUAAAGAGGCCCUGAAGGAGCCUCCCACCCUCCCUACCUGACCAGCUGGACGCAUCAUACAGCCAUGGCUCCUCGGAAGCGCGGUGGCGGCGGCCGCGGUGGCCUCUCCUUCAUCUUCUGCUGUUUUAACAGCAGUGAUCACCCGGAGAUCACUUACAGGCUGCGGGAGGACUUUGCCCUACAGGCUAUGGAGCCAGCACUGCCAAUGCCAGGAUAUGAUGAGCUGGAUGGCAUGUUCUCCGAGUUGGUGGAUGAGCUCGACCUCACAGAGAAACACAGGGAAGCCAUGUUCGCCCUGCCUGCAGAGAAGAAAUGGCAAAUCUACUGCAGCAAAAAGAAGGAACAAGAAGAAAACAAAAGUGCAACUAGCUGGCCGGAAUACUACAUUGAUCAGCUCAAUUCAAUGGCAGCUAGAAAGACGCUCCGCGCUCUGGAAAAGGAAGAUGAGGAGGAGAGGAACAAAACCAUAGAGAGCUUGAAGACAGCCCUGAGGACACAACCGAUGAGGUUUGUGACUCGUUUCAUCGAUCUGGACGGCCUGACAUGUAUCCUGAACUUCCUAAAGAGCAUGGACUAUGAGACCACGGAGUCACAGAUCCACACGUCUCUAAUUGGCUGCAUCAAAGCUCUGAUGAACAACUCGCAGGGCCGCGCACACGUGCUCUCUCACUCUGAGAGCAUCAACAUCAUCGCCCAGAGCCUGGCCACAGAGAACAUCAAGACCAAGGUGGCAGUGCUGGAGAUCAUGGGUGCUGUGUGUCUGGUGCCUGGUGGGCACAAAAAAAUCCUGGAGGCCAUGCUGCACUAUCAGCGCUUUGCCUGUGAGAGGACACGAUUCCAGACACUUAUAAACGAGCUGGACCGGAGCACAGGACGAUACAGAGACGAGGUCAACCUGAAAACAGCCAUCAUGUCCUUUAUUAAUGCUGUGCUGAGUCAAGGAGCUGGAGAGGCAAGUUUGGAAUUCCGUAUCCACCUCCGAUAUGAGUUCCUUAUGCUAGGGAUCCAACCUGUGAUCGAUAAGCUACGUUCUCAUGAAAACUCCACGUUAGACAGGCAUUUAGACUACUUUGAGAUGCUGCGGAACGAGGAUGAGCUGGCUUUAUCAAAACGAUUUGAGUCGGUACAUAUAGAUACCAAAAGUGCCACCCAAGUUUUUGAUCUCAUCCGCAAGAAGAUGAACCACACUGAUGCAUACCCGCACUUUAUGUCUGUCCUGCAUCACUGUCUCCUCAUGCCACACAAGAGAAGUGGUAACACGGUGCAGUACUGGCUGCUGUUGGAUCGUAUCGUCCAGCAGAUGGUCUUGCAGAAUGACAAAGGUCACGACCCCGACGUCACACCACUGGAGAAUUUUAACGUGAAGAACGUUGUCCGGAUGCUGGUCAAUGAAAAUGAGGUCAAACAAUGGAAAGAGCAGGCAGAGAAAAUGAGAAAAGAACACCACGAGUUGCAGCAGAAGUUUGAGAAAAAGGAGCGUGAAUGUGAUGCGAAGACCCAGGAGAAAGAGGACAUGAUGCAGACGCUCAACAAGAUGAAAGAGAAGCUGGAAAAGGAGAGCACUGAGCACAAGAAUGUCAAACAGCAAGUGGCCGAACUUACUGCACGACUGCACGAACUCAGCACUAGACAGGCAGCUGUUGUUCCCGGAGGCCCUCCCCUUGCCCCUGGCCCCCCCGGCGGCCCUCUGCCUCCUCCACCCAUGCCAGCAGGUCUGUGCCCACCUCCCCCGCCCCCUCCUGGUGGUAUGAUGCCUCCGCCGCCUCCCCCGCCCCCUCCUCCUGGUGGCCCUCCACCUCCUCCUGGACGUCCACCCAUCGGAGGCAUCCCUCCGCCGCCAGGAGCACCACUAGGACCGUCCCUGAAGAAGAAAAACAUCCCUCAGCCAUCCAAUCCACUCAAGUCCUUCAACUGGUCCAAGUUAGCUGAGAAUAAACUGGAGGGCACUGUGUGGAUGGAGGUCGACGAUGCAAAGGUUUUCAAAAUCCUGGAUCUGGAGGACCUUGAAAAGACCUUCUCAGCCUAUCAGAGACAGCAGGACUUCUUUAUGAUCAAUAACAGCAAACAGAAAGAGGCAGAGGACGACACACUGAGCUCUAAGAAAGUCAAGGAGCUGUCAGUCAUUGAUGGCCGUCGAGCUCAAAACUGCAAUAUCCUCCUCUCAAGGCUGAAGCUUUCAAACGAGGAGAUCAAGAGAGCCAUUUUAACUAUGGACGAGCAGGAGGACCUUCCCAAAGACAUGCUGGAGCAGCUGCUGAAGUUUGUCCCAGAGAAGAGCGAUGUGGAUCUUCUGGAGGAGCACAAACAUGAGCUUGACCGAAUGGCAAAGCCCGAUCGCUUCCUCUAUGAGAUGAGCAGAAUAAACCACUACCAGCAGAGGCUGCAGUCUUUGUACUUCAAAAAGAAGUUUGCAGAGAGGAUAGCUGAGAUCAAACCCAAAGUUGAAGCUCUGACCAAGGCGUCUAAGGAGAUUUUACACAGUAGAAACCUGAAGCAGCUGCUGGAGGUGGUGCUGGCCUUUGGAAACUACAUGAACAAGGGUCAGAGAGGAAACGCUUACGGCUUCAAGGUGUCUUCACUCAACAAGAUUGCUGAUACCAAAUCCAGUAUCGACAAAAACAUCACUCUCCUGCACUACCUGAUCACCAUUCUGGAGAAGAAAUACCCCAAAGUCCUAAUGUUCCAGGAGGACCUGCAGAGUAUUGCAGAGGCAGCCAAAGUCAAUAUGACAGAGCUGGAAAAAGAUAUCUGCAACCUGCGCAGCGGCUUGAAAAGCGUUGAGAGUGAGCUGGAAUACCAGAAGAAGAGACCGCAGGAGCUGGGCGACAAGUUUGUGUCUGUGGUGAGUCAGUUCGUCACUGUGGCCAGCUUCAGCUUCUCCGAUGUGGAGGACUCUCUCACUGAGGCCAAAGAACUGUUCCUGAGGGCAGUAAAGCACUUCGGUGAAGAUGCCAGUAAGAUGCAGCCAGAUGAGUUCUUCGGCAUCUUUGACCAGUUCCUGCAGUCGUUCGCCGAGGCUCAGCAGGAGAACGAGAACAUUCGAAAACGCAAAGAAGAGGAGGAGCGCAGGGCUAAGAUGGAAGCUCAGCUGAAAGAACAGAGGGAGAAGGAGCGAAAGGCCCGGAAAGCAAAGGCGAACGGGGAGGACGACGGCGGUGAGUUUGACGACCUGGUGUCAGCGCUACGUUCGGGCGAAGUCUUUGACAAGGACUUGUCCAAAAUGAAGCGCAACCGCAAACGCAUCAACAGCCAGACCACGGACUCGAGCAGAGAGCGACCGGUCACAAAGCUCAACUUCUAAGCAGAGAUUGAGAUCAUCCUCGUUUCGCUUGCCCACCGGGCUCCCCACCCUGCUCAUCUUUACUUUCCCUCUGGGUCAAACUGACAUUCACAUUCCUCAGAACCCUCCUCUGCUCCCACCCAGCUCUGCCUGAAUGAACCAUUGCAGCAGAGCCACACACACAGCACAUGUUUAGACCUUCCAUUCUCUCAGAUUUUGAUGUUAAACAGAGCAGAAGCCACAAACUGUUAUUAUUAAUGGCCAAAUCCAAUGAUUCCUGCAGGACGAUCAGUUUGGUCAAAUGAAACGUUUUUUCUCAUGCAGGAUCAGGACAAUUUGUCUCGUUCCAGAUGUAAGAGAAGGUCACGGUUGUUUGAUAGGAUGCGUUCUGUGCUGUUUUUGUACAUCAGAAUCUGUGCACAGAGGGAAAUGUGCAGCUCCUUCAGAGCUUGAUGCUCGAUCCAAACAGGAAGAUGAUUCCGUUAAAGACACAAGGGGCCAUUUUUGUACAGACUGAUUUCAUAGGUUGAGAGGGGCUGCUUUCACACCCCUGAAUUGUCCUAGUGAUAAUUUUUGGAGAAAGACUGAAUCUGAACUUCCUCCUGACGCUACCGCUCUCUUGCAGUCAAAACCAUUAAAAGGACUGAGACAUGGUUUUAACGGCAAGGGACGUAGUUGAGAAGCAGAGUUGUUUUUUUUUCUAUUUCAUCACUAUUGACAUGCAGCAUUUAUAUAUAUAUGAUCACUGUAUGUUUUAUUUGGACUUAUUUCCUGUUAAGAGCUGGCCUUAACUCUGUUGAUUUUAAUUGUUGAGUGGGUACUCUCAAAGGCCUGGGCCUAAUCUGCAAUUUCUCAACAAGUGUGGACACUCGUCAUAGAUUACAUAUAUCUUUAUAUAAGUUUGCGUGCUUGUUACACAUGCACAUAUAAAUUCAUAAUUAUUAUGCUAAAUGCCAUUAAAACCAUACCCAAUCGAUGCAAUACACUUGUUUUUUCCCCUCUGAAGGGAGUGUCCUCCUUUAAUGUUUUUAUUUGAAUAGAUUAAAGAUGUUUUCUGCACACUGGCUGGAUUUACACUGCAUUUCAAAAAAGAAUAGGAAAAAAACGAUAUCCUGAUGUUAAAUUCUGUGAUCCACAUGUGAGGUUUUUGUUCUCGUAGAAAUCAUCACAUGUGGAUCAAAGAAUUUAAAAGGACAUGUAAAUUCUGAUUUUAAUUUGUCCCCUCAGCAGCUGUGCGAAUCCAUCCAGUGUCAGACACCUCCACUGAACUUUUAUAAUUUAAAUAUUGCCUUCCAUUGUACAAUGACCUGAGGAAAAUAAAUGGGAGAAAACA